CUUGUCAAAACAGGAAUUCUGGGCGCCCGCGGGGGAAAACAAGCGUCCAAGGGACCAACCUCUUGUAACUUAGCGACAAACCGACCUACGUAGUGUGCAACGAGCACAAGAGGCAACUUGAUCUACGCAGUACCAUACCACCCAUACAACCCAUACCUUACCACACCUUGGCAGCUCGGACCUUGCCAGCCAGCUUCCCGGCUUUUCUCUCAACACCUACUUAUAUCACCAAGACCGUUCCUCUCGCUCGGUUGCCGCAGCCGUCUUGGAACCUCUUGACCUUUGACAACCUUACCUUUAGGAAUACCUACCAGCUUGCCAAGGUAUUCUUACUUUAAUCUAAGCCAAGAGCACAGAGGGCCGCCUUGCGAAAGCCUUUGUCAACAACGGUCCCUACGAGCUUGUCUCUGUCUCAGUGCGCCACUCAUCACUACCAGUGACUGGGAAACACCGCUCUUCGCAAUCCGGCACUCACACACAACCUAGAGAUUCGGCACUUCGUCAACGAUACAACUGCAAACAUGGCCAGUCUCAUCGCCAAGUGGAUCAGCAAGAAGAUUCUUGCUGAAAAGGUCGAAAAUAAAUUUGGCCGCGAGGACCCUUACUUUGAGAGCGUCCCCGCUACCAGGCUUGAUGGUACCCCCAACGGCAAGGUCAAGAAGCGCAGAAAGGCCUUGCCGCCUGGCCUUUCCAAGCAAGAUGGCGAGGUUUUGACCAAAGUCAAGAGGAGAGCCUACCGUCUCGAUCAGUCGCUUUUCAGCUGCUGUGGUGUGAAAUUUGGAUGGGGUAGCGUCAUCGGUUUAGUUCCUGCUGUUGGUGAUGUUCUCGAUGCUUUCAUGGCCAUGAUGGUGUUCAGAACCUGCUCUAAGGUCGAAGGUGGACUCCCAAAUUCAGUCAAAUCCCAGAUGAUGUUCAACAUCAUUAUCGACUUCGUCAUUGGCCUGGUGCCUUUCGUGGGCGACAUCGCUGAUGCUGCUUUCCGCGCCAACACCAAGAACGCCAUCCUUCUCGAGGAGCAUCUUCGCGAGAAGGGAAAGAAGAAUUUGAAGCGUAGCGGAGCCCCCAUUCCAGCCGUCGACCCGAGUGAGGCAGAUGAAUGGGAUCGCUUGCAAGGCGACCGCACUCCGCCCGAAUACGUCAGCCGUGAGCCUUCUCGCAAUGGACACAUGUCAGCAGGCCGCCACGAACGCACACCAACUGCUCCAGCCGCCGCUGCAGUCAGAGAGGAGCGUUCCGGCGGUCGAGGCUGGUUCGGCUUUGGAGGUCGCUCGAGAGUCGAUGACGACGUUGAGGCGGCUCGCGAUCCCAGAGACAGACCUGCUCGUCAAUCGCGUCAUUAGACUAUCGGCUGCUCGAGAAAUACUUUUCAAAAAAAGAAGAGUCAAAUGUCAGAGUUGGAGAUGACGACAACUGGGGUGACCCGUCGGAAUUCGCGGUGGCUGGAAAGCACACUUGGUGUUCGCGUGUAGCGUACGGAUGGUCAGAAGAUGACGGACACUUGGUCUGCCUGGCUCUGGAUGCUUGUUUUAUGAAGACUUGGACGAAGAAGAUGAACAUGACACGAUACCUUUUCUUUUACAUACCCACACUGCUUUAGUUAAGCUGUCAGUAGUUUAAUACGAUUCACUGAAAAAAUUGAGGCC